AUGGCGCAGGCAAGCAAAGAGCCUUGCAAGAAAGAGGCUUGUGACAUUCAAGCUUGCCUCUCCAAGAACAAUUUUCUCCCACAAAAGUGCCUUAAAGUCAUUGAACUGCUGGACUCCUGUUGCGCAAAAUGCGAUUAUAAUUCAACUCACUGUGCUUCCCUCGCCGGACUUUUGAAGCAAAAACCUAGGAGAUGAGUUAUAUUUUCAUAUUAAUGAUGAUGACGUUGACCGGGAUGCAUAUUCUCGUUUUGUCGAUAGCUUACGAGACUCGGCCACUUAAUUGGAAGAGUGGUUGAAGUGAGUGAAGAAAAAAAACAAAUGAAGGGCUCGCAUAAAAUACUUCUUUUCUUUAAUUUUGUUUUUCAGAUUUGAAUUAUGAAGGGCAAGCAUAAAUGUUGUUGAAUUAUGACCAGCUUGACAGAAUGACCGGUGCAC